UUAAUCAUUCACUAAUGUACAUUUUUCUGUGGUCACAUCCAAUUGAUAUGCCACAAUUUUUCAGUUUAAUAUUCUUUUUCCACUUUCUUUGUAAAUUAAAGUAUUUUGUAAACUUCAACGAAAAUGAAUAUGCAUUUACUAAUAACCCACAUUAGAAUUCUACAAUCUACAUAUAUAGAGCCCCAGCAAGAAUUGAGCUAUACUCAACAAUACUUAUUUCUCUCUAUUCUCUCUGUUUUCAAGCUGUUUUUUCCUGCUUAAAUUUGUUUGUCCUUUCGAAGUACCAUACUAAUUUCAAGAGAUUGAAAAUCAUGGCAAAUAUAUUGAAAGAAGAUCAAAUUGUUGAAUUUCAAGAAGCAUUCAGUUUAUUUGACAAAGAUGGUGAUGGUUGCAUUACUGUGGAAGAAUUAGGGACAGUGAUAAGGUCAUUGGAUCAAAAUCCAACAGAAGAAGAGUUGCAAGAUAUGGUAAAUGAAGUUGAUGCUGAUGGCAAUGGAACCAUUGAAUUCACUGAAUUCUUGAACCUUAUGGCCAACAAAAUGAAGGAAACUGAUGAAGAAGAGGAACUUAAAGAAGCUUUUAAGGUGUUUGACAAAGAUCAAAAUGGUUACAUUUCAGCUACUGAACUGAGGCACGUGAUGAUCAAUUUAGGUGAGAAAUUAACAGAUGAAGAGGUUGAGCAAAUGAUUAGAGAAGCAGACUUGGAUGGUGAUGGACAAGUCAACUUUAAUGAAUUUGUGAAAAUGAUGAUGAAUGUUUAAUAGAACUUAAUUAGAAGUCUUGGUUAUUAAAAAAGUUAGUCAAAUUCAUAUUAAUUUGUUCUUUGAAAAAAUGUUCACGUUAUUGUUC